CUAUUACAUUGUAACACCCAACACCCGAAUAUCCCUUCCACCUUUCAAUCUUUCGCCUUCACACAAAUCUCAACAACCACAUGAAAAUUCGAUCCUUGCCAAACACGAAUCAACACAUAUGACAUUGCUUCGCGUCGCUAACGUGUCGUCCUCACACAUUCUGCUGACGACAUCGGCUCGCAACAAAUAUAAUACUACAUAUCCGCAUUUUACCUACUCUUAGCUUGGUCCGAUACAUGAUACUACCCGAGAUUAUAUCCUACCUAGUUGGCUUCUAGUUGGCCGCCGACACAAUGGCCGAAGACGAUAAUCGCAUGGACCAGGGCUCUAUCGAGGAGGCUGCACCGCAUUCCGAAGUCGAGGUUGCUGCUCAGAAUACUACCGUCGCAGACUCGGGCGCGGACUCGAGCGCGAGCGCAGGCUUAGGCACAGGCAAUGAAACAGAAACAGAAAUAGAAACAAUCACGAACGCAGGCGCAAAUACUCCCUUGCCCAAGAAAGAAAAUAUCCCUCCUAUUCACCUUCGCACACCACCUGAUGACAGUAGCUUUGUCGAAACUACACGCUUCGAUAAUGACGACAAGCAUCUCGACUCUGUCACCGAAGAGCAGCAAGUUAGAGCUCACCUGGCUGAGAACCUCGAGUCAAGCUUUAUACCUCCCAUAUCGCCAAUCCAGGUCGGUAGUCCUGGUGCUGGCAUUGACGAUACUUACCUAUUCGAUAAGACUGCGAGGAAGCCUAUAAGGAAACUCACACCGCCUCCGCCAUCGUCACCGUCACCGUCCGAAUCUACACUCAACCCACCACGUCCGCCUGAGGUGCAGACCCAACCAGAUUCACAUCCUGACCGCCAUAUCGAUGCAGUACCUUCUGUGACUAGACCCAAUUCAGAUAACCCUACCACACCGAUACAUGAAUCUUCUUCGCGACGUCAACCCGACGAUUCCAACACCACCGAACUCGGCAACACCACUUCUUCUCUGGAGAAUCUGUCUUCUCCUACCACCGCUGCCACCGCUCGCACCGUGUCCAGAGCGAUAUCCCGAGCUAGCAGAGUUGUCGACGAAGACCCGAAGAGUGAGCAUGACGAAUCGGCCUUGCCGCGCGAGAACCCAGCCCUUGAUGUACCGUCAGAGGAUUCCUCUGCUGAUUCUUCCGCAAUUCACCAAACGUCCGACCAAAACUCGAGCAAACUACCUACCGAUGCUGCUGGACAUACGCCGGGGAACCCUCUAAAGACUGGUAAGCGUCCCAAGUACCUUCGUAGUAGGAAUGCGAGUCAGCGCUCUUCCACCUCUUCCUUCGCCUCCAACGAGGAUGUCGACAGCGACGCCACCGUUGGCUUGGGUGCCGACUAUGCCCUCCAAUCCGGAGGAGCUCUGCCAGCAUUUGGCAUGUCGCGAAGUAUCGGCCAGAGUCUAUCUCGCUCUGUAAGUAUCGGGAGCAUGGCCUCUGGCUUCGAUGAAGUUCCGGACCCCAUCCGACCAGAUGCUUUGGAUCCCUUAGAAGAAGUUGAGAGUCCCAUGCCUGACCGCCGCGCUGACCCCCUUGCGACUCCGAAGGCGAAAAGGAACUCUCUUAUGGCACCUACCGAUACUGUUAUCGCCAGGCACGUCCGGAACGUUGAAGUGCCCGAGUCCCUGGCGAAGGAGUAUAAGAAUAAGGGUGGGCUGACAACACCGAUGCGCGAGCCCUAUAGGAAAGUGACCAACUACACGCCCGCGCCUAGUACUACUACGACCGGACGUAGCGGCAAGAAUCUAACACUCAAGGAGCAAUCCAGCACCAUCGAGCGGCUGUCUAAGGAGAACUUUGAUCUCAAGCUAAAGGUUAUGUUCCUCUCUGACCGCCUAGACAAACUCUCUGAAGAAGGUAUUAAGGAAAUGAUCUCGGAGAAUGUUGAGCUAAGGACUUCCUUGGCAAUUAUUCAGCGGGAUAACAAAGUCCUCAGGCGACGUGUUAAGGAGCUGGAGAAACAGCUUCGCGAUCGUAACGAAGAAGACCGUCCCAGCACUGCUAGGAGCGGAUACUCCUCGGAUGGCGCGACGACCCCAGCAUUCGAUCCCGAUGCCCAAGAACGGGAGGAAGAGUUGAUAUACCUGAGAGAGCGGGUGGAGGAAUACGAAACCGAGAUCGAGAAGCUCCGCAACGAGAACAUGACUAACCAGGUGGAGAAGAGGAGGCUGGCAGAGACCGUUAAGACCAUGGGAGACCGCGUCGGUGAGCGCGUUGGUGAGGGUCUUGGCCGCCAAGAGGAGGCUGAUGUAUGGAAAGACCUCCUCGAACAAGAAACAGCUCGUCGUGAACAAUCCGACGACGAAAAUCGAAAACUUCGAGACGAGAUUUUCCGGAUGAAGCAGGAAAUUAAUGGAACGGCUCCGCCGGGUGGCGGUAUGCACCAUACAACUAACAUUUACAACAUCACGCGAAAAGCUAGGCCAUCGUCACCGUCGAGGUCACGACCUGUUUCUGGCCUCUCUGGAGAAAUUGAUCCUACUACCGUGUCCAGCCAGUCGGCAACUCUCGUCGAAGAACUCCGUCGGGAGAGUGAGCAACUACGUCAUGAAAACGCCGAGUUGCGUAGAGAGGUCGGUGCGCAGACGUCUAUGCUCACUUCGCGUAAUCGCGAGAAAGAGAGACUGUACCAGGAGAUUGAAGAUCUCAAGUUGGCACAGCGUCGCGGAGGACCAGCACCUUCAACUAUCGAUAGUCUUCUUGAUCGGUCAGCAUCCCGCGCUGGUGGUCAUGAGCGGUCGACUUCACGAGGCAGUGGUCGCACGCGACUUACCAUGACUGUCGAAGAGGAUCCCGACCGCGAGGAGUUAGAGAAUAAGCUUGCUGAGCAUCGUGACAAGAUCAACGAGAUAAAGUUUGAGAAGCAGGAACUUCAACGCGAAUUACAGACGUGCAUGCAGGAGCUAGACGCUAGCAGCGAGGCUAAAAGACAGCUUGAAGAACAGAAUAGCCUUCUUGAAGAGGAGUACCAGAGAUUAACGAAUGACUUGAUGCAAAUCCAAGGAGAACGCGACGAGGUGCUACAGGAACAUGCUGAUCUAGAAAACGAAUUCGAUAUUCUACGAAAGGAAGCCCAAGAUGAGAUCGAUUCCUUGGAGGCUGAGAGUGACCAGAAGACCGACGAAAUCCAACGGCUGCAGAUUGAGCUACAAGAUCGUUCCGAGAACUUUGACGCCCUCCAGGAAGAGAUGCGACAGAUGAGCGAGGCCCUUGUCCGGCUAGAGGACGAACAAGAGAAGAAGCUCAGGAGAAUAGAGCAGCUCGAACAAGAGCUCUCCGAGUCAAAUAAGGAAUCCGAAGACCUUGAAGCUAAGCUUCUCGAAUCGAAUGAUAAGGCCCAGCGACUUGGAGUUCAGCAAGAGUCCAGCCAGGGUGAGAUCGCAUUCCUGCGCGAGGAGCAAGAGGCGGACAAAAUAAGAAUUGGUGAUCUCGAGGCUGCACUCGCCAAUGCCGAGCAGACGAUCAAAGAAGAGCGUGAUCGAACUAAGGAGUUAGAACAUCGCCUCGCCAAUGAACGAAAACAACGCGAGAUCGUGGCCACCCGCGAGAAGGAAGAAGUCCAGCAUAUCCUCAACGAGCUCAACCGCGAAGUCUCCACUUCUAAGGACGAGGCUAGGCGACUACGUAAGAACUUGACUAGUAGAGAAGUUGAGGCUACCGAGUGGAAAGAGAGACUCAUGGAGCUAGAGAACAAUCUGCGGGAGGCAUUGGGAGACUUGAAUGGAACCAGGUCUAGUCUACUCAAGGUACGUUGCCCCUCGAGAGAUGAAGUGUAGCUUCUGGAAAUAUGUUGCUAACGAUUGAAUAGUCCAUUGCUAAACUCCAGAGGGAGCUUGAGAAUACUGUUCGCGAGCUUGAUACUACUAAGAAUUCCAUGCUUGAGAAGGAUCACAUAAUUAAGCAGCGCGAUAGCCUUCUAGAGUCUCACGGCCUCGAAUCGCGCAGACUAGCGGAGAUGCUUGACAAGGAACGUCAAGCCCACCGUAACACAAAGAAUCAGUUCGAGACAUUCCAGCGUACGCAUCAACAUGUGUCGCGGACGGUCACAAGCCAAGAUACGCGCAUUCUAGAGCUCGAGACUAGCCGCGCCGCGGACAAGAAGAAGAUCGCGCAGCUAGAGGCCUCUUUUAAGGAACAGCUC